UUAUUAGUGCACGAGGCGUAACGAAUUGGGGAACCAAUUGGAUUGGAAGAUGGGAUGGAUUUAGGGUUCUUAGGGUUGAUCUUGAACGGUCCCUGCAAGGAGAGAAGGAGAUCGACAGCUGUUCAGCUCCGGGAUUAUCGGAUUCUCCGCCAGAGGUUGUUCUUAAUUUCCCCCUGAUGCUCGAAAGUUUCGUCUCCUGUAAUCUCUCCGCCGUUUGCAGCCAUUGCAGAGCUCUCAUCAAUGGCGGCUUCUGCCCGCAUUUUCAGUUCCGCCAAUUUCAAUUCCCAUGUAAAAAACGUCCGAUUCCAGCUUCCUUGUCGCAAUCGCCAGCGCCUUCACCUUCGAUCGCGACAGCGAGUGUCUAAACUCUCACUCGGUUCCCCGAACCAGAGGUUUCUCUCACUCACCUCAUUUGCAAACUUCUCUCCGGCGCAAUUUUCCGUCUCCGGCGGUUGCUUAGAUCGGAUUUUCUUCGGAACAAAGGAGAAUUCCUGCAAUUGGAACUUUGCUCCUACGCGAAUCUCCGAUGGUCCGCACGGCGGACUUUUUGACGACGAGAAAGGGCCUGAGGUUACCGUCGUCGUGCUGGGAUGGCUGGGGUCGAAGCCGAAGCAUUUAAGGAGGUACGUGGAGAUGUACAACAGUAAAGGUAUUCAUGCUGUGACGUUUGUGGCAUCGGUGACUGAUGUGCUGUGGUUUGAUUUGGGGAAGAAAUUGGAGGAGAGGAUCGAAAAUUUGGCUCAAGAGCUCGCCGAAUGGCUGUCGAACAGCAGCAAUGGCCGAGACCGGUUCUUGAUGUUCCACACCUUCAGCAAUACUGGUUGGCUAGCGUACGGUUCGAUUCUUGUUAAUUUGAGAGAUAGGAAGGAUUUGAUGGAGAAGAUUAAAGGAUGUGUUGUGGAUUCUGGAGGAGAUCCCAAUUUGGAUCCUAAGGUAUGGGCAGCUGGAUUCACGACAGCCCUACUAAAGAAAAACAGCUCGGCAAUCUAUCCUUCUCCGGAUAAAAGCACAGGACCUCAAUCAGGAAACAUGGAAAAUGGCUUGAAGACGGAGCCAAAGGAAACGUUUUCAAUUGAACCCUGGAUGUUAUCUACAUUCGAGAAACUUUUCUCGUAUCUUCUGAACCUACCUUUCGCCAAAGAGAAGUUGUUGAGGAUCGUUUCUUGUCUGUCGACGGAUCAGCCGCAUUGCCCUCAGCUCUAUCUGUACAGCUCAGGGGACAAGGUCAUUCCGUUUCAAGCAAUAGAAUCGUUCAUGGAGCAGCAGAGGAGGGCUGGGAAAGAAGUGUGGUGUUUCAACUUCGGGCCAUCUCCUCACGUCGACCAUUACCGGACUUUCCCGGACGUGUAUACCUCGAAACUGGACAGCUUCUUGAAGAAAUGUUUGAGCAGUGUAGCUUCGCCUAUGCCCAGUUAAGUUGAUCCAUUUCUGCAUUGUUUGAUUUUGAAUUUUUGGUUAAGUACGGACAUGUGCUUUUGAGAUCUUACUGCUCAGUUCUUCCGUUUUAAAUGAAAAACACAUUCCUUCGAUUUGAUGAUGAUGAUAUUUAUGAAAUUUGUAGUAUUUGAUUGGAAAAAUUGUUGAAGUUAUUCAUAUAUGGGAAUAGUUUGAGUGAUCUUA